CCCCCACUGCGCCAAACCCUGGAGCGAUACCUGAAGGCGCUGGAGCCGCUGGUGCCUCCCGAGGAGCUGGUCUACACGCACCGCGUCGUCGAGAAUUUCGGCAAACCGGGCGGCCUGGGUGAGGUGCUGCAGGCUCGGCUGGAGCGCAAGGCUCAGCGCUCCGACAACUGGCUGCGGGAGUGGUGGAUGAAGACGACCUUCCUGGAGAAUCGCGGCUCCCUGGCCGUCCACUCCAACCCGGGCGUCGUGCUGCCCAGGCAGGACUUCCACGACACGCAGGGCCAGCUCAGAUUCGCGGCGAAGCUCAUCAGCGCGGUGCUGAAAUUCAAGGCCCUCGUCGAUAGCGAGACCCUGCAGGGGAACCUGCACCGGGGCCGCCCGCUCUGCAUGGACCAGUACCGGCGCAUCUUCUCGUCGUGCCGCGUGCCGGGCCCACGGCACGACACCGUCGUCAACUACGCACUCCAGCGCGGCGGCGGCAACAACCCGCGGCACAUCACCGUGGCGCACAACUACCAGUUCUUCCAGCUCGACGUCUACGACAGCCACGGCGUGGUGCUGAGCACCGAGCAGCUCUACUGGCAGCUGGAGAAGAUCUGGAACCUGUCCAUCAAGACCACCAAGGAGCCCAUCGGCAUCCUCACGGCGGAGCACCGCAACCGCUGGGGCACAGGCCACGACAUCCUCAUUCGCGACAAGCUGAACCGCGAGUCGACGCGCGUCAUCCAGCAGAGCAUCUUCGCCGUGUGCCUGGACGCGCCGAUGCCGCCUACCACAGGCGAGGAGGACAUGCAGCUGAGCCGCAUGUCGGCGGAGAUCCUGCACGGGGGCGGCAGCUGCGCCAACUCGGGCAACCGCUGGUUCGACAAGACUCUGCAGUUUGUGGUGGGCGAGGACGGCACAUGCGGGCUGCUCUAUGAGCGCGGCGUGGCCGAGGGCGUGCCCAUCAUGCGCAUUGCCGACUACGCAGUGGCCGACUGCCAGCAGCAGCAGUGGGAGGAGCCGCGUUCGAGCGCGGCGAGCCUGGAGACGCCGCGGAAGCUCUACUUCAACAUCAACUCGGACGUGAAGGACCUCAUCGAGUCUGCCAAGGUCCACCUGGACAUCCAGGUGGGUGACCUGGACAUCCGCUGCCUGAUCUACCGGAGGUUCGGCAAGGACUUCCUCAAGCAGCAGGGCCUCAGCCCCGACGCCUUCAUCCAGAUGGCGCUGCAGCUCGCGUACUACAGGCUGCACGGCGGGGUGUGCUCCACCAGCGAGAGUGCCACCACGCGAAUGUUCCACCUGGGCCGCACCGACAUCAUCCGCUCCACCUCGUCACAAUCGCUGCGCUUCGUGGAGGCCUUCGACAGCCCCGACACUCCGGACGCCGAGAAGCUGGCGCUGCUGAGGGCGGCAAUCCAGACUCACGUGGAGUCCACGGAGCAGGCUAUGACGGGCCAGGCUAUAGACGCCCACCUGCUGGGCCUGAAGCUGCAGGCCAUCGCGGACGGCCACAGCGUACCGCAGCUCUACAUGGACACCUCCUACGCCAUCGCCACACACUUCCGCCUCUUCACCAAGCAGGUCCCCGCGCACAUGGAGGCGGUGAUGUGCCAGGGCCCGGCGGUGCCCGACGGCUACGGCGUGUGCUACAACCCGCAGGCCUCGCGCAUCUCCAUCAGCGUGACGGCACUGCACUGUUGCCGGCACACCCACGCCUCGGCGCUGGCGCUCGCCGUCGAGGCGGCGUUCGGCGACAUGCACGACGUGCUGCUGGCGCCCUCGCCAGAUGGCGGUGGCGGUGGCGGUGAGGCCGGGGCGUUGCCGCGGCGAGCGCCGUGGGAGGCCACGCAGUGGUGAGCGGCAGUGGCGACCGGGGGUUCCUGCGGUGCGACCUCGCGACUUUGCGAUCUCGCGACCUUUGCGAGCUCGUAACCUGGCAACCGUGCGACCUCGCGACCAUGUGACCUUGGGACAUUGCGACGCUGCGAGCUCGCGAUUUCGCUACAUCGCGACCUCGUAACCUUGCAAACUUACAACCUUGCGACCUUGCGACCUCGCUACCUUUGCGAGCUCGUAACCUGGCAACCUCGCGACCAUGUGACCUUGGGACAUUGCGACGCUGCGAGCUCGCGAUUUCGCUACAUCGUGACCUCGUAACCUUGCAAACUUACAACCUCGCGACCUUGUGACCUUGGAACCUUGGGACAUUGCGAGCUCGCGAUUUUGCUACAUCGCGACCUCGUAACCUUGCAACCUCGCGACCUUACGACCUCGCGACCUUGGAACCUUGUGACCUUGUGACCUUGCUUUGAAGGUCGUGGGGAGCGCGGCGGGGGGGCAGGUCACACCGGUCACACCAGCGCCAUGGCUAGUGGUGGUGGUGGGGGGGUAGGCGGGCCGUGGUUUAUCUGCGUCGCGUUGGGGGUUGACCAUACUUCACCGCGCCGGUCAGUGCCACUUUGUGUGGGCGGGACCCCCCCCCCAACCGCCCCCACCUCUCCGGCCCCCCACCACCGCAAGGCGGCGCUCCGUCGGCGAAGAACAGACCGACGUCACGCUGACGUUUGUCUUCUCGAAGCGCGUACAAAGGCGGCGGCGGCGGUGGCGGUGGGGGGGGGGGGGUGGGAGAUCUGCUCAGCUAAGUUCAUCCGAGGAGGUGGGGGGAGGGGGGGGAUGGUCCUAAAGGUGUUUGAAGGGUUCUGAAUCGUAGCGCGUUGAGGUGCCUCAGCCCGGUCGCCUUCCAAUUUGCUUUCCGACGCUGCAUUUGGGCUCGCGACACAAGUACCGCUCUGACGUGCCACAAACGUCGCUUGAAGCGGUAUCGGAGGAGGAUCUUGACACUCGAGGGGAAAAUUUUGUCAACGCCGUUUCUCGCUUUGCUCUCUUGCGGCAGUGGCGGCCGCGUGCGGAGCCAUUGCAUCGCUUGACGCAGAAGAGGGGGUCUUGGAGGUGGCUCUGUGAUGUCCGCUUCAGCGGCCGUUCUGUGUUCACAAGCGUCACUUGAAGAAGUAGAGAUCUCAGAGGUCGCCCUGUGUGAUGUCCGCUUCAGCGGCCGUUGUGUGUCUGCCAGAGUGUCACUUGAAGAAGUAGGGAUCUCAGAGGUGGCUCUGUGAUGUCCGCUUCAGCGGGCCGUUCUCAAGCGAGACGGGGGAGGGCUGCUGUGCUCUGCGAGAUUUCCCGAACGGGUUCCUGGCCUCGCGACGCCGCCGACCGCGCAAUCUGAAUGAACGUCGGACAGAGAGAGAGAGAGACAGAAGGGUCACAAGUGUUUUUUGGCGGGUUCUGAUUUAAAUCUUGAAAUGCGCGCCUAUACGGGGCGGAGGGGGGGGGGAACGGCGGCACGGCGGUUAGCGCCUCGCAAGCCUCUUGACCAACCGGCGCCAAGCGGCACGGUUGACGUGCGGUGUCACACGAGCGGCCAAGACGUCGGGGGACGGCCUUCGUCCCAGCGGUGGAGUGACGGUGGGUCCCGUGAGGUGUUCGUGUUUUUUUGUUACGCAGGGUGAUGCUGUUCGAGUAUCGACGUCGGCUGCCCCGAGCGGGGCACGUGGGCAUGCGGCGGAUACGGAUGCGCGCAAAGCUCCGUUGCGGAAUUUCGAUGUAAAGCUUUCGUGACUGCAGCAGCAUCUUCUUGGUUCUUUCGGUAAAGUCACGUAGAAGGGAAAUAAUAAAAUGAUAAAAAUUCAACAUACUAAAAUAAAAAAAAUAAAAAAUGUUAAUAAAAUAUAAAUCUUUUCGAUGUAAAGCUUUCGUGACUGCAGGGAUUCAUCUUUUUGGUUCUUUCGGUAAAGUCACGUAGAAGGGAAAUAAAAGAAUAAAAAUAAAACAUAAUAAAAUAAUUCUCACGACGUUUCGGCCACAACGCAAGCAGCCGUCCUCAGGUGAAGAACAGGUCUGUCGGAAAGACAGCGUCUGAAUGAAACACCACCAGGCUUGGCAGCCUAUAUUUAAGCUGGGUUAGGGGAGGAAGAGCGCCUUGACAAAGGAAUUUGCAUAUCAACAGAUAUGCAAAUUCCUUUGUCAAGACCUGUUUUUCACCUGAGGACGGCUGCUUGCGUUGUGGCCGAAACGUCGUGAGAAUUAUAUAUUGUUUUAUUUUUAUUAUUUUAUUAUUUCCCUUCUACGUGACGACUUUACCGAAAGAACCAAGAAGAUGAACCGUUGCGGAGUUUGUUUUCAAAGGGGGCGGCGGCUACGGCGCGGGGAGGGGGGGGGAGGGGUUUCGGAGUGGGGGGGGGGUGCGCGUGGCCACACACAACAACAGGAGUCGCGUGCGUUGUGGUGGGUGGUGGAGGUUUCGGCUGAUUCUGGCAGUUGCCGCCGUGACCCAAUACGCCCGCAGGAGAGGCCAGUUACCACACUGGCAAGCGUUUUCCUAAAACCGAAUUCGUUGCAAGUUCGUCGCAACGGGGGAAGAUUUCGUUUCGUUCUCCACGACCUGCACAGCAACUGCUGCUACGCUCACCGCGGUAUAUUAACGACGACGACGACGACGACAACAAUCUACGGUGGCGUGGGGAGAGAGAGGGGCGGGUGAAGGGCUGCCACCUCACUUUCCGCGCCAUCCGCUAGGCUCCAUCGUUCGCUCGCUCGGUCGCUCGCUCGCUCGGUCGCUCGACCACCUCGGGAUCUGGAGGUUGUCGCAGUGGCAGUGGGAUAUUUCGACUGGAGAGAAUCCGAGGAGCUGUCAAGCUCUUUUCUCACCGGGGGGCCGCAGGCUCAGAACGUUACAACAAACGGUACCGGAAAAAAAACACGAGAGGAGUGUUCAAGUAUGGGAACGGUAAACGGAUAACAACAAAAAACAUAUCUACAAAUAACGCUUAACUUUUUUUGUAAUCUUACCAGCUCAAGCACACUAGUGACCAUCACCUUCUUUUUCAGAAGCGAUCACAAAUGAUUGCCCUUAUCGUCAUCGUCGUGUGGAAAUUCGUAGCGGCGGCCAAAUGCUCCUAAAGCGUGGUGACGUUGAUUCUAAAAAUGUGGAACGGGGGGGGGGGAACCAGAGGGUCCCGAGGGAAAGGAACAAAUCGAUCGAUUGAUUGAUUGGGCUGGACGUGAGCACACACACACGGCCCCUCCCGUGACGCUCCUCGCUCGGGGUCGAUAGCCCAGCGUCACCAUGUUGCUACCC